CUCCACAACCCCGGAAGUGGCUAGCAUGCGAGCAAACGAGUGAAGUACUCUUGUGAGUCCUGCAAGUUAUAAACCGGGUGUUGUGACAUCUGUGGUGAUGUUCGGGGGCUACGUGGACAGGGCGGAGCUAGAGGAUGAGUUGUACGGGGAGGAGUCAGAGGGGUCAGAGGUUGACGGCAGCGAACUAGAGUUCAGACUCUACAGCCAACUCCACUACUCCUCUAACCCUGGAGAGAGGGAGGAGGAGGAGGAGGAGGAGGAAGACCGGCGCCUCUCCUCCAGCCACGGAGAGAACCCUGGAGAGAGGGAGGAGGAGGAAGAUGGGAGCAAGGCCAAACGACAGCAGCCACCCAAGUCACAUGAUCAUGGUAACAGAGAUCUACGGAAACACCUGCUGGGGGACACGGAGCAGAAAAAGCCGAAAGUCAAACAGAAAACCCAACAGGGUAUGAAACAGCAGAGAGGUCUCUCCAAAGGUGACCCCAGACGUCAAAGGUUGUUCCAGGAGGUCAUAGUCAUCGACUCGAGUCAAGAUGACGUCAUCACGGUGUCGGAUAACACGGAGGAAGAUGACGGGGUGUGUGCCGUGAAAGGUCAGAGGUCAAAGACAGGAUCCCUGCAGGCCUCGACCACGGCACCACAGAGAAACCCCGCCCCAAAGAGGAGGUGCUCCGUUGUGGACUCUGACUCGGUGGUGGUGUUGGACUCAGUGGUGUUGGACUCCGGAGCGGACUCUGACAGUCUGGAGAGCUGGAUGAUUCUAGGCAGCGGGAAACAAGAUGGAGACCAGGACAUCAUACUGAACCUGGAGGGAGAAGGAGACAUUAAAGCGCUAGCAGCAGUUUAA